AUGUUGUAUUUCCUGAAACAACUAUGGUCCCGCAGAAAUUAUCCUCCUGGGCCCUUUCCACUUCCAUUCAUUGGAGUCGCAUGGCAGACUGGAAUCCGAGUAACUCCGACACUUUUAAUCAAGCUGGCUAAGCGAUAUGGAAACAUCUACACAAUAUGGUCGGGACACAUGGCUGUAGUGGUCUUCUCUGGAUUUCAGGCAGUCAAAGAAGCCCUCAUUCAAACUGAAGAUUUUGCUGAGCGACAAAUGACUCCCUUUUUUAAAGAGGCCUUUAAAAACAAGGGUAUUAUAUUUUCAAAUGGUCAAAACUGGAAGCAACAAAGACGGUUUGGCCUAAUCACUAUGCGGAAACUUGGACUUGGGAAGAAAGGCAUGGAGAAUCGAAUAGAAGAGGAGGCCCAUCGGUUGGUGAAAAUCUUUGCACGUGCAAAAGAACAGCCACUGGAUCCUUCUUUGCCUGUCACCACUGCAAUCUCCAAUUUGAUUUGCUUUAUGGUUUUUGGAUACAGAUUUUCUGCCAAAGAUGAAAAGUUCCAGAAAAUGUUAAUAAACUUGAAUUGCUAUAUGAAAUUUGGAGGCAGCUUUAUUUACCUGCUGUAUGAAUUGUUUCCAUGGUUGAUGAAACAUCUUCCUGGGCGUCACCAGAGAGUGUUCCGUGCUUUAAACGAUGUCAUCUCGUUUGCCAAGGAAGAGGUAGAGAAGCACAGGGAACUUCAGUCACUGCACGACCCCCAGGAUUUCAUUGAUUACUACCUUCUUGAGAUGGACAAGUUGGCAGUGCCUGGCCUUCGGGCCCUUUUUGAAACCCAUUUUUAUACGCAUCCAAUAAUAUUUGCAUUUAGAUUGCUCCUAAUCACUUUCUCCUAUGUCCGUGAGAAAGUCCGCAAGGAAAUAGAAGAUACAUUGGAUCCCACCCAUUCAAUCUGCUAUCAAGAUCGGGUGAAACUCCCGUAUACCUAUGCUGUGAUUCAUGAGGUUCUCCGUCUGAAAUAUGUCUUAAUUGUUGGUGUCCCCAGGCAAAGUGCCAGAGAUGUGAACCUCUAUGGAUAUCAUAUUCCAAAGGGGACUUUGGUUGUUACAGAUCUGAACUCGGUGCUUUAUGAUCCCAAGAGAUGGGAAACUCCUGAACAAUUCAACCCGCACCAUUUUUUGGACAAGGAUGGACAUUUUGUACCAAGGGAAGAAUUUUUGCCAUUUGGAGCAGGGCCUCGGGUGUGCCUGGGUGAGCAAAUGGCGAGGAUGGAGCUCUUCCUUUUCUUGACCAUCCUGUUGAAGUCCUUUAAGUUUCAGCUGCCAGAAGGAGCCAAAGAACUCAGUCUGGAACCCAUUAUGGGAUUAUCGUUGCACCCUCAUCCUUACAAACUUUGUGCUGUUCCUUACUGUAGGACCCCGUAA